GACCCAGAAAUAAUCACAAUGAAACAAAAAAUAAUCAGAGUAAAAGUCAGAAAACAAAUAGAGAUUAACUAGUAACUACUAUUGGAAAUAUGAUUGAAAAAUACAAUUUGGGGUCUCAUUAACGAGCCUUAAGGAUAAAUGUACUCCGUAUAAAAUAUGUGAUAAUGUGCAUUUCCAUAUUUUAUCCGCUCACUUUGAAAUCACAUUCUAUUGGUUUUCGGAUUUAGUUGUACUUUAAUUGUUUUGAUUCUCACAUUUUUUUUUUUGGCAGAAACUCAGAUUUAUUUUGUUUAGUAACUAGCAAGUGCUAAUGUGCUAUUAACGUUUUUAUUGUUUUUCAUGUAUUUUAGAAUUUAGACCAUUUCUAGCAUCCCAACUUUCCAAGACAAUCAUAAAACACCGAAAUCCCAAAAGUCAAUCCCGGAUCAAACUCUUGGGGUGACCAGUCAACUCUCCCCUUCUACUCAUCCCUCUCCAUUCCAGUCAACCCUCUCAAACCCUGCCCGAAGUUAAGCUGCACGCAGAGAACGGAGGCAGUCCCCCCCCCCCCCCCCCCCCCCAUGCCGCUGAAGCUGCCAGCCGCAGGAGAUCCCGUCUUCCUUGCCGGAAUCUGCACAGCAGAUGAAGAACGACCAACAAAUAGAAGAAAAAUGAGAGACAGUCCGAUCGAGAAGAGUGCAGCUGCCGUCUCAUUCUCCGUGCUCAACCGUUUCGCCGUUGAGCCGCCGGAUUUUGCCGCAGAACCGUCACCAUUGCUCCAUCGAUCUGAAAAGGAGAAGUAGCAGCGCCGGAGAUCGACGAUGAAAAAACCAGACCUCCGAAGGCUAAAAGGUCAAAUAGAUACAUGAACUAACUUAAAGUGUUCAAUUAGCCCCUUAUAUAGGAGGUUCUGCCCGGCCGUCGCCAAUUGGGGCGGUUCCCGAUGGAUUUUUUUGAUGAUUUUUUUUGAGAAACUUCUUCAUUAAGUCUAGUUUACUCAUACCAAAUUUCAGCUAAAAAUUCAACCGGGAAGACAGUCAAAUGAUUUUUUGAAGAUAACUGCACAGUUAAACAGCGCAGUACAUUUCGGAAAAUCGAUUGACUGCCUUCCCGAUUUAAUUUUUAGAUGAAAUUUGAUAUGGGUAAACUAGACUUAAUGAAGAAGAUGCUCAAAAAAAUUCAUCCAAAAAUUCAACUGGGAACCGCCCCAAUUGGCGACGGCCGGACAGAACCUCCUAAAUAAGGGGCUAAUUGAACACUUUAAGUUAGUUCAUGUACCUAUUUGACCUUUUAGCCGACCUCCGAAUUACCUCUGCCGCUGACUAUCGCCGCCUACUUUCCGUCGCCGCCGUGCCUCGAUUCAGCGAAGAUGAAGACCCGGCUGCGGCACUCAACGAUGAAGAAGAGGCAGACCUCUGCUGCGUACGAUUUACGAAGGUGAAGAAAUGGGCUGAAAGAUCUAAUCUGAUUUUAGGAAGCGAAAAGACCAAAAUUUCCCCACAGGUCUUUUGUUUUAAUAUUCUGGCUUCUACCCUUGAUGGUCAUUUUUAUAGUCCGAGUUUUACACGAUAAAAUCCACAUUUCAGAUUAGGGAAGGAAGUAGAAGAUUCAACUCAUUCAAGCUCGUGAACAAUUAAGCCCGAGUAGGUACACACUUUCAUACACGC